AUGGGUGGGAAGAAGAAGACGAGUGAACUCCAAACUUUGAGCAUCAUUGUUAGAAAGUACAUUCUCGGGAUUCCACAGAUUCGAGUUGUUGUAUUCCCUGUUCUCUUGAGUAUCUUUGCAGGAAAGUAUUUUGAAGUCAAAGUGGCAAGCUGCAUAAGCCACAUUUCUGAUGGGCUGGGCUCGGCAGAGGUUCCUCGAGGCAGGAUUGCCAUGUUUCUGGCGACAUCUUUGAUGGGGAUAAUGUUCACAGAGCUCCAGGGAUAUGUAUUUGUCGGUGCAAUUCAAUACGUUUAUAGAUACACGCUGAGAACCACAUUUGAAUACUUUAUUCAGAUGGAUACAGAACCAUUUGAGUCCUAUGGCUUGGGGACUAUCCAGAGUAUUAUAACUAGGAAGAGCAAGGCCAUCAGCGACUUUGUAGAGGUUUCUGUCCAGAAUCUAUUUCCUGUGGUAGCAUCUCUUGGAUUUGUCGGGCUUGAGGUGUAUCUAAAGCUCGGAGCCCUAGCUUCAGUCAUUAUUGUCUUUGCAGUGAGUGUUUAUGGAUUCAUAACGAUAUCAAUAGCUCUUAGAAGGAACAGGAUUAGAGCAGCACUAAACAAUGCGGAGAAUACUGCAUCAAACAUUGUGUAUGACACUCUGAGCAAUCAUGAGUCUGUUGUAUCCUUCAACAACUAUGAUAUUGAAGUGAGGAGAUAUGAUGGGAAGCUAGUGGAGAUUGAAAGGUUUGGAACAAGCCUGUUCAGAGGUCUAUACAUUUUGAAUAUGGUCCAGAAGCUCAUCUUUGCAUUUCUGAACUCAUUGAUGAUUGCGCUUGGGGUUUACGGGAUGCUUUCUAGUAGGAUGGAUGGAAAGACACUGAUCUUCUAUGCAACAACAAGCAGAAUUCUUCUUAUGAAUCUGAACAACCUUGGAUACACGUACUGUAGGUUUACAGAGGCUAUGCUGAAUGCCAGGGAAGUUCUGUCUGAAGACUACGAUGUAAAGACAAGUGAAAGCCAAUCCAUAGUGAAGUUUGGAAAAAAUAUUACGUUUAGCAAUGUCCACUUAUAUUAUGGAGACAAAAAGAUACUUAACGGAGUGAAUCUUAAGGUUGAGAAAGGAGAUAAGAUGGCGAUUGUAGGAUCGAACGGAUCUGGAAAGUCGACUAUUCUGAAGACCCUCUUGAAGUUCUGUAGUUACCAGGGCACAAUAUGCAUUGAUGGGAUGAACAUCAAGACAAUAGGAAAUGGAUCGUUCAGGAAGAUCAUAGGAUAUGUGCCCCAGAACUCCUCUCUGUUCAAUGAGACCGUAAUGUACAACAUCAAGUACGGGAAUCCCGGUGUGUCAGACUACGGUGUUGUUGAGCUUGCAAAAAGAUUCAACAUUCAUGACAGCAUCAUGAGGCUUGAAAGAGGAUACUUUACCAAUGUUGGGGAGUCUGGAAGGCAUAUCAGUGGGGGAGAGAGGCAGAAGAUUAUUAUAUUGAGAGCCUUGUUGAGGAGGCCUGAGAUUCUCAUAAUGGAUGAGCCAACAUCUAACCUUGAUAAAGAAGCAGAAAUAGACAUUAUAAAGAAUAUCAUAGACUUCGAAGGGUCUCUGACCGUUAUAGCAAUUGUUCAUAACCUUGACCUUCUUCCGUUGUUUGAUAAGGUCUGCUUUGUUGAUAAAGGUGUAAUCAGAAUGAUAAGCCGGAUAACCGGGGGUGCCGAAUCCAUAGUAGAGGGAUUGAGAAACCAUGGGGCGCUAGGAAAUAAAUAA